GUGUUUCAUGAUGUCUAUCGACUGAUUUUGAGGAAAGCUAGUGUCCGUUUAACUGCAAGACAACCUUUUUUAACACGGCCGACACAAAUGUUACAUGGGUAUAGCAAAGUCAUGUGUGUGAGAGAGAGAGAGUCCUGUCUGACAUUGGUACCGACUCUUCUGCUCUCCACCCCUAAGUACUUCAACAAAGAUAUAAGCACCAGAGCAGUGAUUUCACAAGAGGAAGCAGUAGCAGACCAGAGUGAGAGAAGAAACUAUGGCAGAGAACAAGAUGGGGCAAAACAUUGGGGCUGGGGCUGGAAUUCUUGCCAAACGAGUACAAAAGUCAUUGAAUCGUGCUCAGGAAAAGGUCAUGCAGAAGCUAGGGAAGAACAUGGAGACUAAAGAUGAACAGUUUGAGCUGUACUCCCAGAACCUUCUCAAACAACAGAAUGAUGGGGGAAGACUAUUCAAAGAAGUCCAAGCGUACUUCCGUGCAGUGAAAGUGAUGCAUGAGACAUCCAAGCGACUGUCCCAGACGUUAAGAGACGUCUACGAACCUGACUGGCAGGGAGGAGAGGACCUGUCUGUCAUCAUGGAGAGUGAGGACUUGCUGUGGAACGAUUACGAAGAGAAACUAACAGACCAAAUAGUCCGCACCAUGGAGAAUUACACUGGCCAGUUUCAUGAAGUCAAGGAACGAUUGGCCAAACGCGGUCGGAAGCUAGUAGACUACGAUUCCUCACGUCACCACUUGGAGGCGCUGCAGAAUGCCAAGAAGAAAGACGAUGCCAAAAUCACAAAGGCAGAAGAGGAGUUCAACAUAGCCCAGAGUGUGUUUGAGGAAAUCAACAAAGAGAUGAGGGAGGAGCUUCCUGUUCUCUAUCAAAGCCGGAUUGGCUGUUACGUGACCGUCUUUCAAAACAUUUCCAACCUGAGGGAUGUCUUCUAUAAGGAAAUGAGCGUGCUGAACCAUGAGCUUUACAGUGUGAUGAAGAAGCUGGAGACUCAGCAUUCAGGAAAAGCGUUCAUCAUCAAAGGCCUCAACAGCACCAAGUCCAAGAAGAAGAAAUCCCUGCUCAUCUCAGCACCCAUCCCCUGUAACACUGCCUUCCCCUCGGACCACACAUCCCUCCAAGCAUCCGCAGCCCCCGAAAACAGCAAAGAGACUGUCCUGUCCAGCCACGAGACCCACACCCAGAGCAUCUCUGAGGAACACGUUUCCCUCGCAGGAGAGGCAGAUGAGGGCACUCACAGCGUCCUCACGUCAGAAACGUCCGACUUCUCAGACGAGCUUAGCUCCAACGGCGCUGCUACGCCCAACAGACGGUCGGCGUGUGACAGCGACAACUGGGUCGGAAGCGACGUCGCGUCAGAGGGUCUGAAUGAUGUCCCAGAGGGUGGGGCUUCAGAGGAGCAGGGCCCUAGCCAAUCCGUCGGAAAAGGGCAAGUUCAAAGGUCAGAGGUGACUGGGUGUGAAGUCACAAUCAGUCAGGAGGCUCUUCCAAUGUCCACAGAGAGCGACGGCCCACAUGACACUGAGCAGGAGAGUGCACCUGUAUCUCCAGAGAAUGGGGAAGCCCCACCUCGUCCUGCUCCACGCUGCUCCUUCCCCCCCCCUGAGAGGCACUCCUUCCCUCCUGCGGAGGCCAGCCAGGUGGAGAUGAAGGUGGAGGAGGGAGAAGGGGCUUCCCAGGCCCUGCAGGUAGGUAAUGCAAAGAGGACUGGAAAUUACUCAAACUCCCAGAAUCCACCUGGUUUCCUUAUCAAGGGAGUGGCGCUGGAGGGUCACGCUUCAGAAGACGGGACACUGCAGUUUGAUGUGGAAGACGUGAUUCUCAUGUUCGCUGACGCAGAGGAGAAGCAGGAAAGCAUAGCGACGGGGGUGAGGGAGAAGACCUGUAUCCAGGGAGAUCUAUCAGAUUCAGAAUGAGCCAAUGGUGGCCUUUCGUUUCCUGCUGUCAUGACACAGCUGCACACAAAAUGGCAAUGGACCAAGAUGAUGUGGAGGACAUCUUAAAAAAAGAGAGAGGAAAAAAAAAGGAACACAAGCCCCAUGUGAUUAUUACUCACAUGCUUCCAUGUCGCAACUUGUUGGUAGAUACUGAUGAGUUUCAUACCUACCGAGAGAUUUUUGCAGAAUGUUCUGAAUUGUUAACACAUGAUUGUUUAAUCUACAGUAUUUUGCCCUUGUUUGUAUUGUUAUUGUGUAAGUCUAGAAACUGAAAUGCAUAGAAACCCUUUUGUAUUGACGCUGAUGAAAGAUGUAUAGAUUAAUAAAGUUAAGUGUGAGAGCAGUGGAGGUGUUGUUCAAAGAGCAGUAAGAAGAAGCUAUAUUGCAGCAUACUUACCAUUCUGUCUAAAAUGGGUUUCAUGUGUUGUUUUUAGGGCAGUUUACUUUUCCAUAUGCCCCUAAGUCAACGUUUCCCAAACUUGGUCGUCGGGACCCCAAAAAGUUUGGGUUUUUGAAUAAGCUGUGUAGUGCUAGGGCAAAAUCAAAAACGUGAACUCCUUGGAGUCCCGAGGACAGAGUUUGGGAAACCCUGCCCUAAGUAGUCAAGCACCUGUGUAUCACACUUUACAGCACAAGGUGGCGGUAGUGGUCUAACACUUAAACUACAGAGACAAGCCUUUUACACUUGAGAUGCUUUUCCAUGUUUUUUGCAGUGAUUUUGAAGCUAUAUUAGCAUCAACUUUAUAAAUCCCAAUGCCCUACAGUGGUUGCUCAUUUAAAAGUUGCGUCAUACUCCAGCACAGCUUGCGGGCUGCUGCAGCAUUCUGUGGCACGUUAUCUAAUUGUCAGCCAUUUUUUCUGUUAAUGCAAGUUAGUGCUAGUUUCACCAUCAGAGGGCAUCUUUGAGAAGUAUUUGAUAGUCUUCCAUAUUGGCUUUACCAGAGAAUUUAAAACAUUUUUUGUAAUAACAUAGAAUAUGGGAUUGAUUUUAAAAAAUGUGGCUUAAUUUGAUUAAUAUUAUGGUGUUUCUAUUCUGAGAAAAACGAAACCCUCAGGGUUUCCAUUAGGAUGGAAUGGAAAAUAUGGCGCUGUACAUGACGGUCGGGAGUAGGCUACAGCAUAGGAAGAUUGAAGGAUUCUGAAUUGUUUGCCUUCAUUAGACAACUUUGUUCCAAUAUUUCUGUAAAUCAGUGAUAUUUUUUCCCAUAAUAAUUCGUUAUGGAUCCAUAACUAAAUCAACACAUGCAUUUUGAAAGAGUAUUUAUCAUUAUUUUAUUAAAGAAAGCAUAAAUAUGCUGAAGAAAUACAGUACUGUAUAUGCUUUUACAUUUGGAUAAUAAAGUAUUUAGAAGAUAUAA